AUGUCGUGGCCGCGAUGGCGCGCGCUUCAGCUCACAGUGACAGUAGCAGCUUCUGUCACUGCCAUGGCCGUAACCGCAGCCAGCGGCUCCGACGAGGAAAUAAAUCAGGCGCUCCUGCUCGUAGAGAUCCUUAAAUCGGGUGAGAAAUCAGCUAUCAAUAAAUUUGCGUUUAAAAGAAAUACAUACUUAUUACAACAUGAAAAGUAA